AUGACAGUUGCAUUCCUUCAGUUUCUUUCCUAUUUGUUCGGUUGGAUAUACACAACAUGUUGGUCGCUAUCUUUCUAUCCGCAACCAAUCUUGAACUUUAGGCGCAAAUCUACCUCAGGCGCCGCAAUCGAUUUCCCGUUCCUCAACGUGCUAGGCUUUGCUGCAUACUUUGUAUCAACAGUCUCAUUCCUUUAUGCGCCAGAAAUUAGACAUGAAUAUGCUUUGCGAAAUAAUGGGCACACCCCAACUGUUCAAUUCAAUGAUCUCGCUUUCGCUGUUCACGCCCUCUUCAUGUGCUUUGUCAUAAUAUCACAAUAUGAACCAUCGAUUUGGGGAUUCGAUAAACGAGGUAAAAGGGGACCCGGCGCAAGAGUUAGCAAAUCUAUCAUGGGUUUGUCGAUAGCAUGUAUUGUUGCAGUCGCGACUUCGGUAGUCAUCGUCAUUGCGCGACAGGAUGAAGAUGUUGUAAGAGGCUGGGCAUGGAUCGAUGUGGUAUAUGUCAUAUCAUAUGUCAAACUUGUUAUCACGACUGUUAAAUAUAUGCCUCAAGUUCUUACGAAUUAUCGCAAUCGGUCCACUACUGGUUGGUCAAUAGGGGGAAUAUUACUCGAUUUCGCAGGUGGAGUCCUAUCGAUUUUACAAUUAGGAAUUGAUAGUUACCUCCAGGGAGAUUGGUCGGGAGUGACGGGCAAUCCAGUCAAACUCAUGUUGGGCAAUGUGAGCAUCUUUUUCGACGUAAUUUUCAUUGUUCAGCAUUAUAUUUUAUACAAAGGAAAUGGAGAUGAUAUACCAUUAGAUGAAGAAGAUCCUUUACUGGCGCCGGAUAGGGAGCAGAGAAUUGAAUAG